AUGCUUACAUCCUUCCAGCCCGGGCCUGGCCUGCAUGAAACGCCCCGGGCCUUGUUCAACACCACUCAUCUAAAGGGAGAGCGGCGCGCCUACAAGGAGGAAACGACCAUCCCACAGCCUCUCCCGUUGAAGCACCGAAUCCCCCAAGGAACAUGGGAUACGCACAUGCACGUCGUGGAACCGCAGCGUUUCCCAGUUUCCGCCAACGCUGUCUACCAGCCUCCGAAGCACACCGUCGAUGAAGCUAUGACAUUCGAAUCCUCCCUUGGCAUCGGAAACAUCGUCCUAGUCCAGCCAUCCAUCUACGGCACGGACAAUUCUUGUCUCCUCGAAGCACUCAGAAACGUCGGACCUUCUCGCGGGCGAGGGGUGGUGGUGAUCGACCCGACCACCAUAGACACCAAGACCCUGGAGGAGUGGCAUGCCCUAGGUGUGCGCGGGGUGCGGGUGAACCUGAAGUCGGUGGGAAAGGUGCUCAGCGAGGAGGAGCUGACAGAAACGCUGCUGCAACAUGCAAAAGUGGUGCGGCCUUUCGGGUGGACCAUUCAAGUCUAUGUAUCUCUGGAUAUGGUGCCCAUGCUGGAGCACGUCGUCCCACAACUAGGGGUUAAGCUGUGUAUCGACCAUUUUGGAGGCCCGGACUUGUCGACAGUCGACCACGAUGGAAUACCAUUCGAUCCCUAUACGCUGCCGGGCUUCUCCUCGUUAAUCUCGCUCCUCCGUGCCGGAGAGACCUACGUCAAAAUUUCCGCCCCAUACCGUCUCAGCAAGGACGAGGAAUUUCGUGAUCUCGAAGCGAUGGCUCGCGAGUUCCUCGAAGCCGCUCCCAACCGCGUGAUAUAUGCAACCGACUGGCCACACACACGAUUCUCGGGGGUGAAUAUCGGACCUUUUACAGAGAUCUGCCUACGGAUAUGUGCGAAUGAGCCCGGGUUGGCCGAGCGAGUCUUUCGACACAAUGCAGAAGAAAUGCUAGAUGGGCUAUAA